CAGUGAAUGUCGCGUGCGUGUUUGCACUACACAUGGACAUCAUGCCGUGUGUGUGAGGUCUCUCCGACGUGUGAUUGAUGUGCUGAUGGAUUGCAAUGCAGUUGGUGUGUUUCCCAUUGUCCGUCUCCGGCUGGUCACGCGUCAUGCAGGUGGUGACAGAGCCACGAGCAUGAAGAGUGACCACCAUGGCGGCAGACAAUGGACGACACUGGAUGGACCACCAGACAGACCAUGCAGACUAUAGUCUGCAUGGUGUCUGUUGGUGGACACACGACACGAACGAUCGUUGACACUCACACACUUGCCUAUGUCUGUCAAUCACCUCUGCAGAGAUCCAUCCAUCCAUGCAUCCAUCUAGUCUAGACAAGGCACAGCAACGACCGAGCGAGCCAGCGAUCUACCACUUGCUUUUCUCCUCCGCCAGUAUCUCCGCCAGGUCAUGAUAUUCCUGGUAAUAUGGGUCCUCAGUGCUCUCGCCAUUCACGUAACACGGCACAGAACGGUUGCCAGCCACCUCUGCCAAACGAUCCACCAGCUGAGAGCCACAGCCACGGCACACACGAAACAGAUGAGUGAGGCUCUCAUGAGGAUGGCACUGCUCAGUGACUUUCCAUCGUGGCUUGCUCAGCUCACCGCUGGGUUGUCCACAGCGUUGUAGCUCAGAUCAAGGUAGCGGAGGUUUGGCAACACGGCGGGCCGCUCCUCAAACAGGCGCACCAGACACCGAGCACCGUACUCAUAGAUGCGGUUGUUCGACAGACCCAACACCUGCAGCAAAAGGAGACACAGACAACGAACGAAGCAUGGGCAGACGCCUCCCUACCAUGCCAUGCCCCCGUGUGGUCGCUUACGAUCAGUUUCUCCGCGUGAGGGAAUGCCUCUUCACAGAGAGUGGCGAGUUCCUGACUGGUGAUGCCAUUGCAGCCGAUCUCGACCUUCUGCAGCCGGGGGCAGCGUCUGAACACUUCGCCAAUGGCUCGCACCUUGCCGGGGAAGGUGGCGGGGUUGUGUGAGAGGUUCACUGUCCGCAGCUGUGGAAGUGUGCUCACCUGAUUUGAGCCAUCCUCACACACAGAAUGGAAAUCGACACACCGUGUCUGCACGCCCUCCCUUUCUUUUGUUCUCGUACCAGUUGGAUCAUGGAUGCUUCAAGGGCGUUGCGCGAGAUAUCCAGCUCCACCAGCUUCUCGCAUGAGGCCAGAUGUGCCCCAACCGCCUCUCGCACGGCCUUCAGCCCAAGCCGCCUUCGCAGGUUGAGCGACCUCAGCUCUCUGAACGACCGCAAUUGCUCCAUAGCGGCUCUGACGAUGUCGUAUGCGUUGCAGUCCCGCAAGUCCAGCAUACACAGCGACGCCGAGUUCUGCAGGAUGGCAGCGCUGACGCGGGCAUAGUCGGCUGUCGAGAAGGCGCUGCUGAGGAAGACCGAUAUGGUUAGGAAGCGGAGGUUGGUGCACUGCUCAAAGACUUGCACCAGCCUCAGGAACUCCUCCCGCGUGCCCACGUCGAUGGACAGGCUGAUGACUGAGCUCGCGAGAAGGGCCUUGGAAUGGGCGAGGACUGAGUCUGCGGUCCGGCUGUUGACGCGCAGGGAUCCGCACGCCAGCUGCCAUGAAUCACUGAAACACACAUGCAGACAGCAGGGACGAACCGUGCAAGAUCAUGCCCGAACCGGGGUCUUCUCUGUGCGCGUCAUGUGUCACCUCAUCCGAUGGAGAGCACGGUACAGCGAUGCAGAGGAACGAAGGAGGCUGCGGCAGACUUCUCCGACGGUGAGAAACUCGAUGAUCUUCAGAAGCACGUUCGCAUCGAGAGAGGCGAAUGGCGACUGCUUCCGGCUGCCGUGAGCAGCUCCUCCCGAGCCGUCAUCCAUUACACGCCUCGACCUUUGGACGUAGGGAACAUUCUCGUACGUGCCGAGCGACCACUUGAUGCGAUGCAUAGGGAGGCCCCGGGAAAAGGAGGAGAGAGAGAAAAAAGCAGGGUGAGUGCGAGCUGGGAAAAGAUCUGCUUC